CACCCUGUUGAGACCACUUGUCGAGGCAAAAGUUGUGGAAGCGUUGUGGUAACCGUUACUGGCAUCGCUAAUGGUAUCAAGCGUAAUCGCCAUCGCAGUUUCAGCAUUCAUAUGGACGGUGCCGGUUGCAAUGGUGCCUCGAGCUCCAUUAAGCCAGAGGUGAGGUCAGAUUCUAAUCUCCACCAGGAGCAUGAGACAGACGGUUGUUCCCAAGCGCUCACCUGCGGUCCUAGUUCCAGGGCUGAUGGUUACUGUGCCGACGCCUGCCCCCUCGAUACUAGCCUGAAGCUUGAAGAUGAUUCUGGCGACAAAGAUUGUGGAAUUUCGUGCGACUCCCAAACCAUCCCUAUUCAGUCUGCUCCUGUGAGGAAAGCGCGAACUGGUACAUUCUUCUUAUCAAACAGGAGACCGACUAAACGAAGGGCCUCUUCCACAAAGUCGAAUGAGGCUAAAGGAAUGCCAGACAUAGCUAAGAAGAUAAAGCUGGAUAAAGCUGAAGCUGUGAAUUCCUGUACUAUUAAAGUCCUGGCCAAGAGGGGGCUAAUGAAGAUGGGCUCUGGAAAAGCCAAAAUCCUUGAAAAUACAAAGGUUAUAUCACAUAUAGGCAAGAAGGAUACCUCUAGUUUGAGUAUCUUGAGAAAAGUUGAUAAAAAGCAAAAAUUGUCCGUUACGAUUAGCAAUAGAGUCAUGAUCGCAAACGAUGAGGAAAAUAAAGAAUCUUUAGACGAUAAGUUUUCAUAUGAGAAACGGGAGGAUGGAGAAGAAGAGGAAAAAGUCUGUAUGGAGGAGGAUGACAAUUCUCUUGUAACCAUGCGUUCGCACGGGGCGAGUUCUAGCUCCAGUCUACUGGCUACACAGGGCUCUUGCAAAAAGUCAACUCGCAUUAAUUUGUCUCACACGCAUAGAAUGGAGGUAAAGCUUCUUGACCGAAAGUGUCAAAAUCGUCAAUCCCGAAGACGAACACAACGAGAGCGAAAAGUCAACCGGUCCUCAACUGGCUCCAACUUCUCGAUCUGCGACACGUCCAAACGUUGCGGAGCUGGCAGCAGAGAAGAAGGCUCCGAAUGCCAUCAAGUGGGCCUUUCUAUGGCAUCAUUAGAUCCUGCAAGAUCGAUGGUGAACUGUCAGGUUAAGGAGAUUUCCAUGGUUGACGGGAACGAUCUGAUGAGUGCUGCAUCAAUGAUGAAGCGAUCAAUCUAUGACUCUGAGUCCAAUAUAUAUCAGCUAUUUAAGCAUAAUUUCCGCACAGAAAAUAAUCUAAUAAGAAAAGACGAAGCUGACGGAGGGGAAAGUGAGAGAAGCAGUGCAAAAUCGAGUCGAGAACAUUGGCGAGGGGCCACCCAGAUAAAACACGCACGACACCAUUCAUUCGUGGACAAUGGGGACGGACUGGAGAAAGAAGAGAAUCGGAAUAAUCUUUCAAUUAGCCGUUGUUCCGCCCAUUCUGGCCACUUCCUCAAUGAUGACAUAUCGCGGACUAUUCGACGUGAUCCCUUAUCCAAGCCACCGGCCAGCAACAGAUCUACUGGCGCCGGACGCCUGACUUCUGCAGCCGGCCGAAGAGUUACCUCUUGCUCUAAACUACGAGCUGAUUCUGGAAAACCCCAGCCGGCGGUACCUCGAGAUGGUGUUCACAUCACCAGACUCGAGCGACACUUUGCUGGCUCUAUCGCAGAGACUGACUCGGACCUGGAUACAGAUGGCGAGGUGAGACAGAUUAUACGUAAGUCUGGUCGACUGGGUCGAGGCGGGUUAGUGAAACGCCGAGGACCAGGGAGAUUUAUCAACAAACAGAAGAAGGCUGAGAAAAAGGAUGACGGCGCGGAAAACGCAAAUUCGGGAGAGGGAAGCGAUGCUAAAGAUAGUAGAGAAACAGAUACUCCAAAAGCCAAGGAUCGAAAUAUGAAACAUGUUACCGCGAUAGUCAAUGUCACUGGGCCAAAACGGUUUCGCACAAGUAGUCAGCAGAGGCCGUUAAACAAGACCCCGCAAGAGACCAUUUCAAUUAGACCUCCACUGGCUCGUGUUGCAAAGGCAUCAAAAAACUUCAAACUUCAAGCACAAAUGACUCAGCGACCUCGGAAGUCUGUGAACGCUAACUCCGCGCCUGGUAUAGGUACUGCAGAUCGUAAUCUGGAUGACGACAGUGAAGACGAUCAUAGUAAAGAGCUAAGCAAAAAG